AUGCUAAUCUCUGGUCCAGCGCGGCUCCAGGGGGCGCCGCCAGGGCGCAAAGCCAACGCCAUCGAAGUCCCUGUGCUCUCGUAUGAGAACCAGCAGCUGACGCUCUUGCCGAUGAUCGCGAUGAGCUACGGCUGUCUUUUCAACCAUCGCCGACUACGAGCCAUCUACGAUAGCAUGCUUACGCAGCUGGACGGCUCGAUCAAUGCCCACCAACUGGACAUGCUCAACCAGCUCCACGCGACGUCGUCGGGCUUGAAGGCCUUUGUGACCACCGAGGCAUCGAAUGGUAUGGAGCGCAUGCGUCGUGCCUGCGGUGGCCACGGCUUUAGCGCGUCGAGCAACAUCCCGCACCUUAUGCAAGAGUUUGUUGGCGCGUGCACGUUUGAAGGAACGUUCGAUGUGCUCAUCCAGCAGCACGCUGCAUCGCUCUUCAAGCGUCUUCACAAGCCCGUGAACGUCCGCGCUGCACCGCGACGUCUUUGA